UUCGGGGAGCUGAGACAGAAGCUUCAGUGAGGCUCUAAUUUGGCUGCUGCUCUAGGAUCCGGAACUGAAGGGUUCAGCCCGCUUUUUCCCCCCCUUAAUGUGACGAAUUCUGGAUUUAAUGGGGGAAAACGUACGUGAAGUUCCCGGGGAUAUAACCUGACGAAUCCCCCAUCUUCAUUUCCCCUCUGCCUUACGGUUGACUGCAGUACCCAGGGUGUACUUAACUUCCAGCUGUCUGCGGCCAUCUCUAAACUGUGUCAAUGAGAAUGUCCCUGGCUCAGAGAGUGCUGCUCACUUGGCUUUUUACAUUACUCUUCUUGAUCAUGUUGGUGUUGAAACUGGAUGAGAAAGCACCCUGGAACUGGUUCCUUAUAUUCAUACCAGUCUGGAUAUUCGAUACCAUUCUCCUUGUAAUGCUGAUUGUGAAGAUGGCUGGACGAUGUAAGUCUGGCUACAACCAUCGAAAUGGACCACGACAUAUGAAAAGAAAGGUCUGGUACUUCAUAGCCAUGUUACUCAAGUUGGCAUUCUGUCUUGCGCUCUGUGCUAAACUGGAACAGUUUACUAACAUGAAUCUGUCGUAUGUUUUUAUUCCUUUAUGGGCCUUACUGGUUGGGGCUAUGACCGAACUUGGAUAUAAUGUCUUUUUUGCUCGGAGAGACUGACUUUUAACUAUGGCUUUUCAAUAUUGCUUGCAGAAUAGCAAAAAAAAAAAAAAAAAGUAUUCUGGAUAUUUACAAACUUCAAGGCUACCAAGGAACUGAAAAUCAUACCAAAUGCAGUUUUAUACUGUUUCACUUAGUGUUAAAUCACAUAAAUUAUUCAAGGACUUGAAGACAGCAUGAAAAGUAUUUAUUCUACAAUUGAAUUAUUAGUCUCCUUAUCCCUUCUUAUACUUGUAAAAAUAAAACUUUGUUUUGAACCACA